AUGUCUCAAAGUUCAGGAAAGAAUGACUCUGUCAAGGCAAAGAUUGAAAGAACUUCUAAAGGAGUAAAAUGCAUGGGUUUGAAGAGUGGUUCUUCCCAACCAUCUACUGUGUCAAAGACAGCUCCUAGGAAGCCGAAGACAAGAUACCCAGCAAGAAAAACCUACAUGUCCAAGGCUCAAAACAAAGAACUCUCCAAUGUUCCUCUUUGUGAGGAUGUUACUGAUGAAGAGGAAAUCGAUGCUGAAGACUCUCCUGUGAAAUCGCUUCCUGAUGUUGUGCCUGAUGUUGAGACAUCUGGGUCUAAGGAGAUUUCUGCCAAAGAAAAAUCUGGAAAGGAUUCCACCUCUCGUGAAGAUUCAGGCGAUACUACCCAACCUGAUAUCUCUGCAUCAUCCUCUUCAAAGGAUGUUGAUCCAAAGAAUGGCAAUUCUGAGGAUACCAAUUCUGCAGAACCAAGCCAGGCUCCAGCCCCUGUUCAGGACAUCUCUGAUGAUGAUUCUGAUGAUGAGCCCCUGGUUAAAUCCAUUCCUGAUAGCAUUGCUGCCAGGAUGAAAAGAAAAAGAAGGGUCUCUACUCCAGAAGCCACUCCCUCUCCACCAAAGAGAUCCAAGUCAUCUCCUGUAACCUACAAAUCUAGACAAGCAAGUGUGAAGGAUAAGGGAAAGCAGAAGGCUGUCAAGACUCCAAGCUGGUCUGAUGAAGACAAUUCAUAA